ACGAGGCUCAGGAAGCGGCUGCAGCCAUGGGGGGGGCGAGGGGAGUGGCCAGGGCACGGGGUCUGGAUCACGUGGUGCAGCUCAACGUGAUGCAGGACAAGGAGAAAACAGAGAUGUUGCAGUUUGCUCUCUCCCUAUUGGCUGCCCACGCCUCCUUUUUCUCCCAUGGCCACACCGCAGCCGCCUCGUCCCAACCAUUCCGGACGAGCCUGGGAACACAGUUGGAGCAGAUGGAGUUGGAAGCAGCGCGGAGGCAGCGGGACCUGGAGCAGAGGCACGCGCUGCUGCUGCAGCAGGACCUGACGCAGGAGGUGGUGGGCGUGGCCAGCGGGGGGGGCGGGGCCUGAUGCCCCCCCCAUGGAGGGCUAUCUGUACAAGAGGGCCAGCAACGCCUUCCGCACCUGGAGCCGGCGCUGGUUCUCCAUUCAGAGCAACCAACGGGUGUACCUCAAGCGGGCCCAGG